AUGAUGGGAGUCGGCAGCCGCAUCAACGACGAGGAGGCUAUGCCCCUUACCGCUCCUGAAUCCCGUGCUCGAGACUCGAUCGAUUCGUCCUCAACGGCCUCUAUAUCCCUUACUCUCGUCGAAGGAGCAAGCCACGCGACUACGGAACCCUCCAAACCAGCUCGUAAUCACAACGCCCGUACCCAAGACAACUACGCAGAGAAAUACCGUGACGAUGUCGAAGAAGACUGGGAAGAAGACAACUAUAUCCCAUCAAACGGGAAGAGUAGUCAGAGAAGAACACUAAUUGUAUUCUGGUUGCUGGUUGCUCUUUGUGUUGGAGGCUGGGCUGUUGCUUUUCUGUUCUUCGUUACAUCUCCAGGAAAAAAGACGAGUACUAGCCCAGAAGGUGAUGUUACAAAGCCUGGGACUCCUACUGCCGGCAAAAAGAUUCCCCUAGAUGAUGCUAUAGGGGGUGUGUGGUCGCCUGCUGAACACACCAUAUCUUGGAUUGCCGGACCGAAGGGAGAAGACGGCUUACUAUUACAGAAGAGUGAGGGGGGCACAGGCCCAUAUCUACAUGUCGAAGAUGUCCGAAAUAUCCAUGGCACGCAAUCAAACUAUAAUUCAAUGGUUUUGAUGAAGGAGUCGGUAUUCUUCGUCAAUGACGAACGUAUUAGCCCUGAAAAGGUUUGGCCAUCGCCAGAUCUGAAGACAGUACUUGCCAUGACGCGAGAAAAGAAGAAUUGGAGACAUUCUUUUACCGGGCUAUACUGGUUGUUCGAUGUCGAGACCCAGACAGCCCAACCUCUUGACCCUGAUGCUCCCAAUGGGAGAAUACAGCUUGCGACCUGGUCUCCCACUUCUGAUGCCGUGGCAUUUACAAGGGACAAUAACCUAUACAUCAGAAAUCUCACUUCAAAGACUGUCAAGGCUAUAACAACGGAUGGUGGAACGAACCUGUUUUACGGUAUCCCUGAUUGGGUAUACGAAGAGGAAGUGUUUGAAGGAAACAGCGCCACUUGGUGGUCCCUUGAUGGAAAGUAUAUAUCAUAUCUCCGUACGAACGAGACCCUAGUACCUGAAUUUCCCAUAGACUUCUAUCUCUCGAGUCCUCCCGGUUAUUACCCCGAACCUGGCGAGGAAUCGUACCCAUAUGUCCAACGAAUUAAAUACCCUAAAGCAGGUACCCCUAAUCCCACCGUCAGUCUCCAAUUCUACGAUGUCGAGCGUGAAGAGAGCUUCUCGGUUGAUGUCAAGGAUGCCUUGAAGGAUGAUGAUAGACUCAUUGUGGAAGUCAUCCCAGGUUCCAAAGGGAAGGUUUUGGUUCGGGAAACGAAUCGUGAAAGUUAUAUCGUUAAAGUGGCUGUCAUUGAUGCCAAUAAGCGAGAGGGUAAAAUCGUUCGAUCCGACAAUAUCGACGAAAUUGAUGGUGGAUGGGUUGAGCCUUCACACACCACAACAUACAUACCAGCCGAUCUUUCUUCUGGCCGACCGGAUGAUGGGUAUAUUGACACCGUUAUACAUGAAGGAUAUAUCCACCUUGCAUAUUUCACCCCAUUGGAGAAUCCCAAGCCAAAGAUGCUUACGACUGGAAAAUGGGAGGUCGUUGACGCUCCUUCUGGCGUUGACCUGAAGAACAACGUUGUCUACUUUGUUGCUACAAAGGAAAGCCCCAUUGAUAGACAUGUAUACAGUGUCAAACUUGAUGGCUCAGAGCUUCGGAUGCUAAAAGACUCCGACAAAUCGGCAUACUAUGAUGUCUCAUUCUCACAAGGAGCUGGAUAUAUGCUUUUGAAAUACCAGGGGCCCCAAAUCCCGUGGCAGAAGCUCAUCAGUUCCCCAAGCAAUGCGGACAACUUCGUUGAAAUCCUCGAGGAAAACAAGAAGCUGGCCAAGUUAUCUAAUGAGUUCGGCCUCCCGUCACUACACUAUUCAACAAUCACUGUUGAUGGUUUUGAACUGCCUGUGGUUGAACGCCGACCACCAAACUUCGAUGGAACAAAGAAAUACCCCGUUCUAUUCCAACUUUACGGCGGCCCUGGGUCUCAAACAGUUAGCAAAAAGUUCCUCGUCAAUUUUCAGACCUAUGUUGCUUCUAACUUGGGCUAUAUCGUCGUCACUGUCGAUGGUCGAGGUACUGGGUUCAAUGGGCGCAAGUUCAAAUGUAUUGUACGACGCAAUCUUGGGCAUUAUGAAGCCCAUGACCAAAUUCAAGCAGCAAAGGCCUGGGGUAAAAAGCCGUACGUUGAUAGGACCCGUAUGGCCAUUUGGGGAUGGAGUUACGGCGGAUUUAUGACAUUGAAAACUUUGGAGCAAGAUGCUGGGGAAACGUUCCAGUAUGGGAUGGCAGUUGCGCCAGUAACUAAUUGGCGUUAUUAUGGUAAGAUUAUCUACCGAAUUAUGACGCAGUGUUGUUCCCAAUCUGUUACGUUCCAAAAAUCUGACCAACUUUCCUGA